UGGCGUAUGAUGGUGGUGGUUUUGUGUGUAAGACUACGUAUGUAAUCAAAAAAGUGUAUGAAUUUUCUUUUCAAUUGCAUAUUCUUCUGAAGAAAGAUGAGUGAUAGUGGAAAAUUAGAUAUUUCUGAUCGGAUUGAUACACUAAGUCGAUCAAGAUUGCCGUACGUAGGAAAAAUACAUUCGCAGAAACCAAUAAUUACGUAUGCUGGUGAUGUGCCACUUUUUCGCUCCCUAGAAAAUAAUAUUGCUGCAGCAGUUCCUAAUGAUACUAGCGAAUGGAGGCGUUCUUACGGACGUCCCAUAAAAAACGUUCGAUUGGAGGCAUCUUUCCGGCAGUUUGAAACAGAUUCUUUGGAUAGAUAUAAGAAGGGAGAUUGGACAAUUCUUGAUCAUCCUGUACUACAUAUAUUUGUAACAGAGUGCAAUGAUAUCGAAAUCUACAAAUCUACUGUUAAAGAAGAAAUUGAUUUGUGGCUUAAAACCCUUCAGGGUUACGGAAUUACUGACUGGAUGAUCCUUAUAGUGGAAACAAUGGAUAUUAAGAAAACAAAAAACAUUCUUCCACGCACCACUGUUCUGGACAAAGUGAGAAUUGAAUUUGGCUCUAAGACAGGGGAUAGGUGUAUAUCUGUACUCAAUCCUAUCAAGUAUGAGAUGAAAGCAACAGAAUCUUUUCGGUGUCUUCUCCAACGAAUCCGACAUUUCAUGCUUACUGGUUACAAUCGGAACAUCAUCAAGUAUGAGGAAUUAAUUAGGGUAAACCGAGAGAAGCGCAACCAUGAAGGAUGGAGUUUCAUUAAAUACUUCUUGUUACAAGAAGAACUUGCAUUUGUCCUGGAAAUGCUUGGUUUAUACUCUGAAGCUCUCAUACAGUAUGAUGAAUUGGAUGCUUUGUUUUCACAAUUUGUUCUCAAUUCGAUGUUUGGAGUAAAGCAGAAAUGGCUGAAAUCAUUUGAGAAGCCAAUACAUGCAUUUCAAGGCAUCUCAAUUAAUCGCAAGAAAAUGGUGGCAGUUCGUGAAAAGAUUGAGAACAAUACAGCUACUCUCCUGGAUUUUAGAGGAUAUCUCUUUGAGCGUCAGUGUGUUCUUCUACAAGCCGCCGGAAAACCAUGGGAAAUUGCUGGAAGAUUGCUUCCAUUUCUUUUUGGAACCAUCCGCGAAAUUGAUGCACUAAAAUUGGAUACACUAGAGGGAUCAAUGGCGUGCUGGGAAUUUGUUUGUGCUUUGGAAGUACUCAAGAUAUAUGAUGAAGCCAAUGACACAAGUGACAUGACAAAAUGCUUCCAAUAUUGUGCUCCAAUAUGGGAUUUAGCCAAGGAUAAACUAUACGAAUUGGGCAAAUUAUGUGGUCUUUUGCCGGGAUGUAUUCCAUCUUCUGAACAAUUACACACCGUAGUUCUCCUUUCUGCAGGAAUUGGGGAUGCGAUAGUUGAAGAAGAGGCAUCAUCAACUGUUGUGGGAUCAUCUCCUAAUAGUUCCAAGGAUAGAAGGACUCACUCUCCGAAUAGGCCCCCUAAGAAACCGCCUACUGAUAAACUUAAAGAAGCUCUGGGAUCCAAUGAAACCUUCCAGAAGUUGUACCUAGAACUCAGUGAAUUGGCGAUUUCCACGUACAAGCAUAUUUCACGUUUACGGUCAGCUCGGUUAGUAGGACUGGAUUUGGGUAAUUUCUACUGCACACUUAAUGAACCCAAUAAAGCCGUGAUCUUCUUCACUGACUUGCUGCGAGAACUCAAAUCCGAAAACUGGAAUUAUCUGGUGAGCCAGACUCUUCUUGAAUUAGCCAGUUGCUAUAGAAAGAUGGAUGAUAUCACGAGUUAUACAAAAGUCUGUGCAUCCAUCUCCUGUUGCUUGGAUUUGGAAACUCUUGUGAGAACUUUCUACUAUGAUGAAUUUCUCAAGUCUCUGAAAUCUAGAGAUGCGACUGAUGCAAACCAGACCAAUGCUUGUGUAGCUCUACUUGAUGAUCAUUUUAAAAUAGCGGACCUGAAACUCAUCAAUGAAUCUCCAAUCAUACAAGACAAUUUUAUUAUGGUACAACUGAAGCUACAUUGUCAUUUCCCCAGGGAGAUACUCUGCAACAAAAUCUCACUGUCAUUCGACUUGGAAGGCAAAGUUGCAGGGCCACAAAUAACGACCACUCCAUCACUUGGACUUGGGGUUAAGCUUCCAAUGAAAUUGCAUUUGGACUACAAACAAGACGGUACUCUGGAAAUUGCCUCAGUGCUAUGUGAAAUGAAAGGAAAGCAACCCCUGAGGAGAUCCAGUAGUACAAGGAGAAAAAUCUCAGCAACUGCCAGGAAGGACUUCACUAAUAACGUAUCUGUGGAAAAUAUUAUACUCCAGCCAGGCCUCAAUGUAAUUGAACUUAGAACUAAAGCGACACGAAUUGGAUUAUGGAUGUUUGAACAGUUAUCUAUUCAAGUCAAUCAACUAGACUUCCUGUCAGAGAGGCUGCCACUGAAACUCAAUCCCUUUGAAGUAUCCACAAAACCUGCUUCAGCUGUUUUGCACUUUACAAAUCUUAUUGCUGGAAUUGAGCAGCCCAUUAAGUUGAUAAUUUCAGCUGGAAGUUUUAUUUUUCCAGCCGAAGCUUCUAUUACAAUGAAGUGUUCAAGAUCACUCAGAAUGAGAGUGGUUGAAUCGGAGAGAAAAGACUUCCAAAAGGAGUUGAUUAUUAUUCUGAAAAAUAUGCGACAAUUUGAAGAAAGGACCAUUCAACUUGAGAGUAUAUGUGAUUUACCUGGUCGUAGGGAUGAUAAACCACUGGAACAUAAGGUUACACUUCAAUGCCCAUGGUCUCGCAAUGAUAUUCCAAUUUCACUUUAUUUUGUUCCGGCUGUUAUUGCAUCCUGUCGUCUUCACUCCACUGGUACCAGGAAAUUUCUUCAAGUAGUAAUUAAAGGUGUCUACGAUGGCAACCUUAUCCUGUCUUCAGCUCAAAUGAAGUGUUCAUCACCAGGUGUUGAAAUUGUGGAUGUCAAUCCUAAAUCACAGAAUGAAAAUAAAAUUUGUAAGAACAAUGUGUCGUACUUAUGGGAAAUCCAGUUGGAGCCAUUGCGAAAAGAUCAGGAAAUGCCAGUCAUUCAAGUUGGAUUUACUGUGCAAUAUGCAAAGGAAGAGACAAAAGAAGAAAAAAGAAAUUACUCAUGUACAUUUGAUGUCACAGAUUAUGCUACACUCUUCAAAAUUCAAGCUAAAGUUGAACCUCUAGAACUUUGCCGUGUGAACUCUGUUUGCAUGCUAAACUUAAAGAUUACAAAGCUUCAGGAAAAUCCGUUCACGGACUUAAUGUAUGAGGUAUAUGUAGAUCAAAAUAUGUGGGCAGUCUGCGGAAGAAGUUCAGGUGUGAUAUCAAUGCAAGACUGUGAAUCGCAGACCGUUCUACUUGAAAUCCUUCCACUUAUCGUGGGAUUCCUUCCCUUACCCAAUAUACGACUUUCUAAGUAUAUGCAGGCCAACAAGAACAAGUCUGAACUACAUCCUCGAGUGCAGUCUUUUUCUUCUGGGCAAAUUUACAAUUCAACCAAAAGUAUGCAAGUGCACGUACUAGCUAACAACAAUACUGAGUAAAAGAUAUCUAAUAAAUAUCUACAUAAUUAUA